AUGUCAGAAAUGAGCAUCGAACAACUUAUGGCACUUAACAGUAUCUUUGAUGGUGGAGAUGAUGUAGAAGCGAAUGUUAACGAAAUCCUGGAGGAUGCGGAUUACAGGGUAACACCCGAUAGCAAAGAAGAUUACUCCCACAGUGAAGGUCCAUUCGUCGAUGAGGUGGACUUCGAUAUGGUGGUACGUAAGCCUAGAAGAAUACCUAAGAACUACAAGGGUAAAAGAGGAAUUAUGCCCACGUGGAAGUACUCCGACAGACAAAAGGCUAAGGCCGUGCUUGUAGAGGAAGCGUACCAGAGCCUAUUAUCUAAGGGAGUUCAAGGACUUCCACCAACAAUGGGAGGUAGAUGGCGCACCGACGAUGUUCUUGUUAACGAGGAAAUUAAGAGGAUUGGAAAUGAGAGGAAUCCUAAGGUAAAGCGUCCCAGAGGCAGGGCACCAAAGGUAAAGGUUGAUGCUGAAGUGAAGGUGCCAAAGAAGAGAGGCAGACCACCAAAGGUAAAGACCGAUGCUGAAGUAAAGGUGCCAAAGAAGAGGGACAGACCACCAAAGGUAAAGGUUGAUGCAACAGUAAAGAAGCAAACUGUAGCAGGAAGAUUCCUGAGCCAGAGGAAGGUAAAACUCUCAGUGCCAGCAAAUAGUGUUAUAACUCCAACGGGUCCAGGCAAGUUUACGAUCAGUGUGGAUCUUAAUAAGAAAUCUGCGAGGAAAGCUCCUGAGGUGCCUAAGGGUGUAGCACCAUGGAGACCAACACCUAAGCCUAGAACGGUACUUCCUAGGGAAAGACCUGUACCGAAACCUAGGACUAAGCUUCCUAAGGAAAGACCUGCACCGAAACCUAGGACUAGGAAACCAGUGUCUCCUCCUAAGGUCCGUAAGCCUGUAAGGGUGUCGAGGGAAGCCGAGGAGCAGCCUAUGGUGGUUAUUCCAGAGGAACACAAAAUAGACCCAUUCGGAACAGACCUUGAAAAGCCAUUCCACAGGAAAAUUGAAACAGCCGCCAAUGGAGCCGCUGUGACUUACUCGAUAACUCCUCAUUAUAUGGACCCUCUGGAUCAGAUGACUGCAAGUAGACAGGUAGUGAGAGGAAUACUUGUGAACGAGUUGAAGAGAAUGGGUGGGUUGAAGUACACAGAGACCCUGAAGGUGAGGAUGUCCAAGAAAGUCGGUGAUGGGAAGACCAAAAAGGAUUCGGUCUACUUCAAAUCUAAGACUGGCACUGUUACGAACUUCGAGGAUAUUGAAAGUACAGCUGCUCAAAACCAACUGACAAUCUUGUGUAGAAUUGAAACCUUCCAAAACCUAGGUUCAAACUGGAUUAUACUCAAUAUUGAGAGUCAUUAUGUGAACAUUGCGAUGUACAAACCACUAGCUGAGAGUUCGUACAUGAAACUACCCGCUGACAUCAGUAAUUCAAUGUGUGGGCUCAUCAAUAUGAAGAAUGAUGAUAACAUGUGCUUUAUGUGGAGUCAUGUGAAGUACCUAAACCCUAAGGCUAGAAGAGCAACUACUAUUACCCAGAAAGAUAGGGAAUUCGAGAUGAACCUAGACUACAAAGGUAUAGAGUUCCCCGUGAAGAUAAGUGAUAUUGAUAAGAUUGAGAGGAAAAACAGUAUCAGCAUAUCAGUGUUCGGUUAUAAGGGUAAAAAGCAGUUCUACCCUAUAAGGAUUUCCAAGGGUGAGUACGAGGAUCACAUGGAACUUCUACUCCUGGGUGACGGUGAUGGUAACAGACAUUAUGUUCUCAUAAAGGACGUGAAUAGAAUGUUGUGCAGUGUGAGUAAACAUGGACAUAAGCAACACUUCUGCUUACACUGUCUUCACAGUUGCGUUAGCGAGGAGGUAUUGGAAAAGCAUAAGGAAACAUGUUUACAGGUAAACGGAACUCAGGCCACAAAACUCCACAAGGAAGGGACAAAAAUUAAGUUAAAAAAUUAUAGGAACUCAAUGCCUGUACCGUUUGUAAUAUACGCUGAUUUUGAGUCCAUACUAGUGCCUGAAGAGAGAAAAGAGAAGUCAAAGGACAGCGAGGACAAUAGUAGCACAGAGCUCUACCAGACACACAAGGCCUGUAGUUUUAGUUUAGAAACAGUCUGCCACUAA